ACUGAACUUUGCUUUAAAAGACGUAAUAUCGGAUAUGAUUUUAUUCCAUAAUCUGAUAGAAUCAAUUUGUUUUUAAUAAGAACGAGUGAAAAAUUAUUUCUACGGUGCAGUACUGGCCAUGUUAUUGUACUAUUGUUAUUUCUAAAUUUAGAAAUUUACAUCUAGAACCUUUUCAUCCAGCAUCUUGAGAAUAAAUAGACUGCAAUGAUGUAUAAUUUUGUUUACAUGUUCCUAGUGAGUGACGUAUGUUUUGCGUAGUUCACGAUCAGUCAAGAGUAACCGUAAUCGCAAUAAUUAUGAGCUCUGUUCUUCACAUAAAUGGUAGUUACGAAAAUUGAAAACAAAUAAUAUAGAAUGCAGAAAUCACAGAUUGACAAUUUGACGUGGUCGUUUGAUACUAAUGGAAAUGCUAAUUUUCGUAAUCCAUGGCCAGAACUUUGCCACAAAAAUGAAGUCAAAUAUUCACCUUGUAAGAGAGAUUUCAUAAACAUUAGUGAGGACAACAGAUUUGUAAAUUUGGAUGAUCUCGAGUAUCCUGAACUCAGUGGUACGGUUGUCAAGAAUAAGAAUCCAGUUAUACAAAGAGAACAUUGUUUGUCAAGACCCAACAGUGUACAGAUUUUAUUGCCCAUGCAAGCAAAUAUGGAACCAAAGAGAUCAAAAUCUUUAAAAAGAUACAAGAAAUCAGAUAGGAUUUCCAUUAAUCUUCAAGAAGCUUUACAGAACACUAUACGUGCAACCAAAAUGGGCAAGGAAGUUCCUAAAUUAAGGAUUAAUUUGUACAUGGGUAAUCUUGGUUUUACACUGCCAAAUACAUUGGACAAAAACAAGUGUUCAGAUCUAAGGAAAGUGAAAAUAUGUAUCUCCAAGAACAAGAGACCUUCUAGAUUGAAGAAAUUAAUUCUACUGAAUCGUGAUAUAAAAGCACAGAUCAAUGUCGAGAAAAGGGAAAUCUUCGAGUGUAAAAAAAUGGAGGCUAUCUGUAAGGAUGUCGACACUAUAAAUUUCAAUGCCUUGAAAAUCACAACAGAUCCAGAGACAGAUGUAGACUGUAUUAAAAAUAUGUGGACAAUGACACUUUAUGGCAAAAACUAUAGAAAUAUAAAUGAAAUAAAUAUCUCUGAUAACACACUCUCUCACAGACCGGAUGUCAUUGGAAGAAUAAAUGAUCUUGGGAUCCAAGGAAGACAGUUAACAAAUAGAUUAGUCGCAAGAAACAAUAGAACACAUUUCUCCAACCUUAUUAGUGAUAUGAUUGAAAGUGAUAUUGUUAAACAAACUCUCUCCCUUCAUAUUGAAGAGGACGUUAAGCCAGAGGUUCAAAAUAAUGCAGACAUGAUAGAUGAUAAAAGCUUUGUAAAAUUUUCUCGUAACUUUAGAGAAUACUGCACUAAUACGUUAACGACGACUUUGAACGACAAGCUUGAACAAUUUGUAGGGAGAAUCACGAUGCUUCAAAAAAGAUAUCACGAGAGAUAUCCAAACAAAUCCAAGUACAAACGUCGUUAUUAUUCUGGUUUGAAAGAAGUUCGUAAGCACGCCGAAUUGAAGCAGCUCAAGUUCGUGAUUGUCGCUCCUGAUAUCGAGAAAGUUGAACUCGAAGACGGAUUGGACGAUCAAGUCAGUCAAUUGCUCGAUACAUGCAGGAAAGAAAGUGUCGUUUUCUGUUUUGGAUUACGAAGGAGGAAGUUAGGAUAUUAUACUCACGGAAAAGGUCUUGUUGGUUGUAUUGGCAUUGCAAAUUAUGGCGGAACCGAGUUACUUUUCAAGAACGUUUUAACGGAGCUCGUAGCCGCGAGGAACGCGUUCAAAAAACUGAAUGGCGCCUCUGACGGAAUUAUCGAUAUAUCGAAAAUGAUCUCGGAGGAUGACUUACUUUCAGAAAAUAUUAAUGCCCUUUUGAAAGUUUUGUCUUAAAAUAGUCCUAAAAUAGACAAAGAUAGGUAAAAGUGGUAUUCUUUCGUAUUUAUCUUAUUAUAAGCUUUAAGUUAAUUGCAUGCAACAAAUAUCGAUUAGCACGUGACAUAAAAUCGAUACGUAUCGAUGUUUAACAUAUGAAACGACAUAUGAAAUUUAUAAUCUGUGACCAUGUUGUAUAGAGUAUAAAAUAUGAAUUUCUAAUAAAUAGUUAUAAAUUUUC